GGUCGUUCAAUCGUAGUUAUGAUGGCCACCUCGCUGGCAAUUACAAGGACUUCCCAAACUCGUAUUCCUUUCAAGCAAGCGAGCCUCUGUCACCUAUUACUCAGCUCCGGCGAAAAUGAACUUUGGAGGAGCUGGUAGUGGCAGUGGUGGUGGUGGAGCUGCAUUUCCAGGCAAUAAUUCCCAUGACAUGAAGACGAAGAUGAAGGAAGGUGAAGAAGAUGUCAAGAACAAAGUGUCUUUCUUCAAGCUCUUCGCUUUCGCCGAUUUCUACGAUUAUGUAUUGAUGACCGUCGGAUCGUUGGGGGCUUGUGUCCACGGCGCGUCGGUCCCUGUCUUCUUCAUCUUCUUCGGUAAAUUGAUAAACAUCAUCGGAAUCGCUUAUCUGUUCCCGGCUUCCGUGUCCCAUAAAGUCGCCAAGUACGCUUUGGAUUUUGUUUAUCUGGGUAUUGCUAUGUUGUUUUCAUCAUGGACAGAGGUUGCAUGCUGGAUGCAUACGGGGGAGAGGCAAGCAGCCAAGAUGAGAUUAGCAUAUCUGAAAUCGAUGUUGAAUCAGGACAUCUCGCACUUCGACACGGAAGCUUCCACAGGCGAAGUGAUUGCAGCUAUUACAAGUGAUAUCCUCGUUGUUCAGGAUGCAAUCUCUGAAAAGGUUGGGAACUUCAUGCACUAUAUAAGCCGAUUUCUGGCGGGCUUUACAAUCGGAUUCAUUCGCGUUUGGCAAAUUAGCUUGGUGACAUUAUCGAUAGUCCCCUUGAUUGCGAUUGCAGGUGGAAUAUAUGCAUACAUUGCCACUGGCCUGAUUGCAAGAGUACGGAAAUCCUACGUGAAGGCGGGAGAAAUCGCAGAAGAGGCUAUCGCGAAUGUCCGAACUGUCCAGGCGUUUGCUGGGGAAGAGAAAGCUGUAAAAUCCUAUAGGGAUGCUCUUCAAAAGACAUACACUUAUGGGAAGAAAGGAGGAUUGGCAAAGGGUCUGGGGCUUGGAUCCAUGCAUUGUGUCCUCUUUUGUUCAUGGGCAUUGCUUGUCUGGUUCACCAGCAUCAUUGUCCAUAAGGGCAUUUCGAAUGGCGGCGAAUCAUUCACCACCAUGCUCAAUGUCGUCAUUGCCGGCCUGUCACUUGGAUUGGCAGCACCAAAUAUCUCAACGUUCAUCAGGGCCAGAGCAGCAGCAUACCCCAUCUUUCAGAUGAUCGAAAGGAACACAAUGAGCAAAGCAAGUUCUCGGAUGGGCAAGACGCUGGGCAAGGUAGAUGGGAACAUCCACUUCAAGGAUGUGUGCUUCAGCUACCCGUCUCGUCCUGAUGUGGUCAUCUUCGAUGGGCUCAACCUGGACAUACCAUCUGGCAAGAUCGUGGCCCUCGUUGGGGGAAGUGGGUCUGGCAAGAGCACCGUGAUCUCGCUGAUCGAACGGUUCUACGAGCCAAGCUCUGGAGAGGUCUUGUUGGAUGGGCAUGACAUUAAGGACCUUGAGCUCCAGUGGCUAAGACAACAGAUCGGAUUGGUCAAUCAAGAGCCAGCACUUUUCGCGACAACCAUCCGUGAGAACAUUCUCUAUGGUAAGGAUGACGCCACGCUUGAUGAAAUCACACGUGCAGCGAAGCUCUCUGAGGCCAUAUCUUUCAUCAACAAUCUUCCUGAUAGAUACGAGACCCAGGUCGGAGAGAGAGGGAUCCAGUUAUCGGGCGGGCAGAAGCAGCGAAUUGCGAUAUCUCGAGCGAUCCUGAAGAAUCCAUCCAUCCUAUUGCUGGACGAGGCGACAUCCGCACUCGAUGCCGAGUCGGAGAAGAGCGUGCAGCAGGCGCUCGACCGUGUGAUGGUCGGGCGGACCACCGUCAUCGUGGCCCACCGACUCUCCACAAUCAGGAACGCUGAUAUCAUCGCGGUCGUCCAUGCCGGGAAGAUCGUCGAGACAGGCAACCACGAUCUGCUUAUGUCAGACCCUCACAGCGCUUACGCUUCGCUCGUCCACCUACAAGAGGCUGCUUCCUCUUCUCCUUCUGCAUCCAUCGCUUCUUCUUCCAACCGUCAGCAGCCCUCCGAGGGCCCCACCAUGGGUCGGCCCCUCAGCAUGAAGUAUUCAGGAGAACUCUCUCGCACGACUACAAGCUUCGGUGCCAGCUUCCGCUCCGACAAGGACUCUUACGCUACCCAAGGAGAUGAAGCUACGAAGCCGAAGCGGGUCUCGAUGAGAAGAUUGUACUCAAUGGCAGCUCCAGAUUGGGUGUUGGGCGUGUUCGGCACCAUCGGUGCAGCUGUUUCGGGGGCCCAAAUGCCACUAUUCGCCCUCGGCGUCAGCCAGGCUCUUGUCUCAUAUUACAUGGAUUGGGACACUACGCGCCAUGAAAUCAAGAAGAUCGCGCUCCUCUUCUGUGGCGGUGCUGUUCUUACCGUCAUCUUCCACACCAUUGAGCAUUUCAGCUUCGGAAUCAUGGGUGAACGUCUCACUCUCCGUGUGAGAGAGAUGAUGUUCGCAGCGAUUUUGCGGAAUGAGAUUGGGUUCUUCGACGACAUGAGCCACAACAGCUCGAUGUUGGCAUCACGUCUGGAAGCCGAUGCAAUGCUUCUGAAGACAAUAGUCGUCGAUCGCUCAACCAUCCUUUUGCAGAACAUAGCUCUGGUCAUAACUUCAUUCAUUAUUGCCUUCAUCUUGAACUGGAGAAUCACGCUAGUGGUACUGGCAACAUAUCCAUUGAUCGUCAGCGGACAUAUCAGCGAGAAACUCUUCAUGCAAGGCUACGGUGGCAACUUGAGCAAGUCUUACCUCAGAGCCAACAUGCUUGCUGCCGAGGCUGUCAGCAACAUCCGAACCGUUGCUGCCUUCUGCUCCGAACAGAAGGUCAUGGACUUGUAUAGCCAUGAGCUGGAAGAGCCAUCCAAGCAUUCCUUCCGCCGUGGCCAGAUCGCCGGCAUCUUCUUUGGCAUCUCCCAGUUCUUCAUCUUCUCUUCCUAUGCUCUGGCCUUAUGGUAUGGAUCCGUGUUGAUGGGGAAGGAGCUUGCAAGCUUCAAGUCCAUCAUGAAAUCAUUUAUGGUCCUGAUAGUCACAGCACUAGCAAUGGGAGAGACACUGGCAUUGGCCCCCGAUCUCAUCAAGGGGAAUCAGAUGGCCGCGUCAGUCUUUGAAAUGUUGGACAGAAAGACAGAAGUAGCAGGGGACGUCGGUGAGGAGUUAGGGAAGGUCGAAGGUGUGAUCGAGAUGAGGGGUGUUGAUUUCAGCUACCCCUCAAGACCAGAUGUUGUGAUCUUCAAGGAGUUUGAUUUGAAGGUGCGGGCCGGCAGGAGUAUGGCGUUGGUGGGGGCAAGUGGGUCUGGCAAGAGCUCGGUGCUCACUCUCAUACUGAGAUUCUAUGAUCCAAGAGCCGGGAAGGUAAUGAUUGAUGGUAAGGACAUCAAGAAGCUGAAGCUCAAAUCCCUCAGGAAACACAUAGGCCUAGUCCAACAGGAGCCAGCUCUAUUUGCAACCACCAUCUACGAAAACAUCCUCUAUGGCAGAGAUGGAGCCACUGAAGCUGAGGUGGUCGAGGCUGCCAGGCUCGCCAAUGCACAUACCUUCAUCAGUGGCCUCCCAGAUGGCUACUCAACCAAGGUCGGGGAGCGUGGGGUCCAGCUAUCUGGGGGCCAAAAGCAACGCAUUGCCAUUGCCAGGGCCGUCCUCAAGAACCCUGCGAUCCUGCUUCUCGACGAGGCCACCAGUGCUCUCGACGUGGAAUCUGAACGAAUUGUGCAGCAAGCACUUGAUAGGCUCAUGAAGAACCGGACUACAGUCAUGGUGGCCCACCGGCUGUCGACAAUCCAGAACGCUGAUAUCAUUUCGGUUUUGCAGGAUGGGAAGAUCAUAGAGCAGGGGAAUCACUCUACUCUUGUGGAGAACAAGAACGGUCCAUAUUACAAGCUGAUUAACUUGCAGCAACAACAAAAACAGAACUCAGAUAAUAGAUGAGGGUUGCUUUGUUUGCAUUUUCAUUCUCUCUUUUGAUUGAUGGGGCUGUUAAUGAUACUGAUUGUUUUAAAUGGUGAAUAAUACUCAGCAGCAGCAGCAGCAGCAGAAACAACAACAACAACAGAACUCAGAUGAUAAACGGGGAUUGCUUUGUUUUCAUUUUCAUUAUCUCUUUUUACUGAUGAGGCUGUUAACGAAAUGGAUUGUUUUUAAUGGUGAAUAAUACUUAUACAUGAUAUAAAUGCUUUUCAACUAUAACAGUGAUUUGGUCUC